AUGACUGAGGUCGGAGCCGCCGAUCUAUCAAGGCUGCUUCAAACAAAGCGCAAUGAGUGCAGUUCAAUUGUGACGUCGCGGAAGCGCAAGCUUCGCGAGUUGUUCGCUGUUGCGACACAAUCCGAGGGUCUCCCGCUACCAGUCUUGACCAACCCCGACGCGCCGACCACAACAACCGCCGAAUGGAAGUUCUUGCAAGCCAACGAUAUUAUCCAAGGUAAGACGUUGAACGAAGCCAACAUCCCUACGAGGCCGACCUUUUCUCUCGAUGUCGUCAGGAAGUCCCUUGCGAAGUCAAUAUUCACUGCGGCGGAGGUUGCGCCGAAGCAGGUAUCCGAGGAUGCGAAUAAACCCGAUGUAACGAAUGCAGAGGACAAAGAACAACUUAACGGGGCUCACUUACCUUCUGAACAUGAUGAUGCUGCUCCCACAAAACCACCGAGCCCUCGGUCCUCGACAGAAUCAAUUACAACUGCCACGCCCGAUCCUCUACUAGCCCCAAUCAAUCAACCUGCGCCUCCGUCCAAGGAUGCGAUUGUAAAGUCGACACCAGCGACGAACCGCGAUGCUUCUUGUCCCGCCAAUGCGAAUCCGAUACUGAACGAAGAGGACCUUCCCAGUGUUGCAGGCGCCGCACCUGUCCCGCGCCAGCCUCAAGUUACGUUCGAAUCGGGAACAAAAGGCGAAGAUGCAGAGCCGCGAGCGCCGAUUGUUGAGAAACUUGAUCAAGGACCUGGGGUUCCAGCCAAUGCUAGAGGCGUCCCUUUGACGAUUAAGCCAGCCACAGAUGUUACUCGUUCUGCCGAUGCUUUGUCGUCUCCUGGAUCAACAGCACAAAGCGCAACCACACCUGCGGUUCAUGAUGCUUCAACCGAUACGAGCCCGGAGCAUGAGGGAUCACAGUAUGUGGAGCCGAUGGAAGAGAAGAAGACAGGAGGUGAUGUUGACGGAGCUGAGAAGGAAGAGGAGAAUAACAAGGAGAUUGGUGAUACUCAUGCUACUUCAAGUGAAGAUCUGCAAAAACGUGUGUUGGAAGCACCCCCUGACUCUGCUGAGGCACAGCUUCUUCAAGAGUCUAUCCGCUCCAGUGUUGCAGAGGAGGCGGACGUCGCAGAAUCCGAGAUACCCGCGGCAGUCUCGGAAGAUGUGGAUAUGUCUGGUACCGACGAUGCUCUUGGGAAGACGACUACAUCUGAAACCAAGGAAGAAGUCAAGGAAAAGUCUACUCAACAUAUUUCUGAUAGUGGUGCAGCAACGGCCGUAGCGGCUGAUGUGACAGAUGAAGUUGCAGCCACUAAGGAGAUUCCAGACAGUCAGGAGGACCCUCCCGACCAGAUGGAUGUUGAUGUGGAUGCCCCUGAACCUAAAGCCAGCGCUGAAAGUCAAACUGAAGCCUCAAAGUCGGCUGAUAAGACACAUGAGGCUGACGAGACCCCAUCGACUGGACCAACGUUGGAGUCUAUUCCAAAGGCAUCGCCCCCAAAGGCGGAGCGCGCUGUCACUAGGGUUUCCUCUGGUGCCAUGCGUCCAAAGUCUGUCAGUGAAAUUGUUGGGGAGACACCUCGUCAAACGCCAACUUUGGAGCAUACGUCGAACGACAAGAGCAUUGACAAUCAAUUGACCCCCUUGACGUCUACCCCUAAGUCACCAAGCCUUAGACAUCGCCAUAUUUCUGCCCAUCGAAGACAAAGAUCCCGGAGCCAACCCUCAACUGUUGUCUUUGGCAAGCAGUCCAAGAAGGGGGAUGAAAAGACCAUGGUGGCCAGCCAGCGCGACACAAUUUCACCAACUGAGGACUACUACACCCCUCUCUUUGUCCAAGGCUUCGCUGGAAGCUCUUCUUGGAUGCAGCCAAUCGAAAAAAUCUUAUACACCGCCAACAAAACUGUCACUACCCCUGACGCCAAUCUUGCCAUUCAGGACCACCAAGCAUGUAAGGUUUUGCGACGGGUCUAUCAUCUACAGCAACACGAUAAAUGGUCUUUACGACAACCGAAACGAUGCCCCGAGCCAACGCGACCCCCGUCGCAUUGGGAUGUCAUGCUCCAGGAAGUGAAAUGGAUGCGAACGGAUUUCCGAGAGGAGCGAAAGUGGAAGAGGGUCGUCGCAAAGAAUCUUGCGUGUGCCUGCGCAGAGUGGCACGAGUCGACCCCUGAUGAACGAAAACUGAUGCAAGUUCCAGCUGUGAUACCGCCAAAGACACAACCAGCCACAGAUGUUUCCAUGAUUGAUGCUGAGGUAGAGAAUCAACCGACUCCCGAUCUUGUCUCGAGCGGAGAUGUCGAGUCCAUUGAUAUUCUGGACGAUCUUACCGAGGACUUCCCUCAAACGGUAGCUCCAUCCGCAAUCUUCAAUAUGCAUGAAGAUGAUGUUAUCUUCGGACUGCGCCGAACUGCUGCUGCCGAUCAACUUCUGGAGGAACUGCCAAUGUUUGGAACGCCCCUUCAGGUUCCUAAAUUCGACCUUACGGGCCCUGAAUGGGAUCCGGAUGCCCAUUGGCGACGACCAGCUCUGCCACUUAGCAAGUAUGUCGAGGGUCAUAUGAAAUUGGUUUCAGAUGGACCUCCAAGAAAACGAAGCCGUUAUAACUACCUCAACGAGGAUUCCGAUGAUGAGAGCGAGGCUGGUUUUGUGAGCAGUGAUCCACUGCCCAGCCUACCUCUUCCUCCUGCUACUGACGAAGUUGCCCUAUUUAACCCCGAGAUGAAGCACAUUCGUGAUCGUCUCUAUGUUGGACACCAGUUUCGGCCGCCCUCUGAGUAUCCCAUGCCCGCACAGAAUUUCUUCGAGUGUCGCAGCCCGUCGCAGUGGACCAUCUCGGAGGAUGACGAGUUGCGAAGUCUUGUGCGGGAAUAUUCUUACAAUUGGUCUCUUAUCUCCAGUAUUUUGACACCUAGGUCUGUCUUUAAUUCUGGUGCCGAGAGGCGUACUCCCUGGGAAUGCUUUGAGAGAUGGAUCGCUUUGGAGGGACUCCCUUCAGACAUGGCUAAGACGCAAUACUUCAAAGCCUACACAGGUCGUAUCGGAGCAGCUCAAAACGUCAUUGCACAACAGAACCAGCUCAUAGCACAGCAAGUUAAUCAAGCCAAUGGAGCGGUUACCCCCGGCCGAAGACGGCCAGCGUCGACUCCCGUUAGAGUGGAGAGACGACGCAACCAGAAGCAUCUCACGAUUCUUGAUGCCAUGCGCAAGCUGGCCAAGAAACGGGAGACAACCGCACAAAAGCAACAGCACACAGCCUCGCAGAACGCGGCCAAUAAGAAGGUGAACGACCCUGUUUCGCAACGUCCUACAAAAACACCAAGGGAAUACAGCAUAUUGCGAUGGGAACGAGACCAGGCUCUGGCAGAAAAGAUGGCGCAGUACGCGUCAAGGCAGGAAGCUCAACGACGAGCUGCCAUGCAAGCCAGAGUUCAAGGUCAAGCUGCCCAGAUGGCGGGUACCCCCGGAGUUGUACAGCCUGGUCAAAACCCUGCCCAAGCUGCCGCUGCUGCUGCCGCUGCUGUAGCAGCGGCUAACGGUAUGAAUGGCGUUGGCCGUGUGAAUGUCCCUAACCAACUUGCUGUUGCUGCCGCCGCUGCCGCCGGUCAACCUCGUCCUCGAAUGCCUAUGCAGUCACCUGCUGCUAAUGGUAUGGGUGGUGUUCCGUCUCAUAUGGCUGGUGGUCUUGUACCGCCGAACCAAUUGACAAGCGCCCAACAAGCCCAGUUACAGGCAAUGCAGGGACAACAUAGCCGUAUGCCUAUGCCUAACCAACAACCGGAUGUCAACUUGAUGAUGCGUGCUCAGCGUAUCUCUGAGCAACAACGGGCUGCACAGUUGCAGCACGCUCAGGGCGGUCCUGGUACUCCAGGCCAGGCGGCGACAGGCGCCCAGCAGAGUCCUCCCACAAACAUGCGAAAUAAUGUCAACGGCAUUAAUGGAUCAAACCCAAUGAAUCAGCAGAGCUUUAUAAACAACGCCCAGGCCAUGAUGGCCCAAUUUAACCCUGGUACUCUCAGCUCCCCGCAGGCGAACGGCCUUCAUAUGCCAUCCGGCCCUGCAGGCUCGAUAGCCCCACGACCACAACAAGUACUCCCACCAAGCAUCGCCGCUCAAAUUGCGCAGCUUGAGACACAAUUCCGUACAAAGAAUCCCAACCUCACUCCAGAACAGGUUAGGCAUUUGGCUACUGAACAUCUGACGCGCCUUAUGGUAGCGCAACGAUCUGCCAUGAACUCUGCUGCUGGUACGGCUAAUGGCCAGGGUGGGCUUGCUGCAAGCAUUGCAGCUACAACAAGCCCCCACCAAUAUGCCGCCCUACUCAGACAACAACAGCAGCAGCAGGCUAGUCAAGCCGCCGGUAGCCCCGGGCAGCAACAUCAACAACCUCUCCAGCAACACCAACAACCUCAACAUCAGCCCCAGCAACCACAACAGGCGAAACAACAGCAGCCUCAGCUGCCACAACAGCCACAGGCGCAAGCGCAGGCCCAGCAUCAAGCUCAGCAACAGCAACAGCAGCAGCAGAGACAAGCAAGCGGCAGCGCCACACCCUCAGCGGGCUAG